UUCUAAAUUUUGACACAAAUUAAAAAGAAAUCACCUAAAAAAGUUGAAGAAUAAUAAAAUUAAAAAAAUUAAAAAUAUUAAAAAUUAAAGAAAGAAAUGGAUUUUUCAAAAUUAGAUAUCUUCGGAUCUCAAAUAGGAUUUAAUUUUUAAAAAGAUAAUGUCUUCAAAACUGCUUUUGGUGGAUUUAUGAGCUUAGGCUUUAUUGCCUUUGUGUCUAUUUUCUUUUGGAAUUAAAUAUUAGAUUUCUUCAAUAAAAAUAAUGUUACAUUCACCACUAGUAAAGACUGGACAACUCAUCCUUAAACAGUGAACGUGAGUAGUCACCAGUUUAUGUUUGCAGUAAAAUUAGAUAUGCCUAACUUCUUAUAAAAUCCACUUUUCAACAUAACAUGGGAGAAAAGAAAUUACAUCACUUAUGAUAAUGGAACCUUAAUCAAAAAUAUUUAAUCAAUGUAAUUUGAACCAUGUAGACCUGACCAUUGGAAUGGAUUACCCGCAUAUGGAAUAGAUUGGGAUCAAGCAUUCUAAUAAGGAGGUCUUUCUACUUAUUUAUGCCCAAGAAUAUAAGAUAUUAUAUCUUUUGGAGGUACAUAUAGCUCUCCGCCUUAUGAUUUUAUAAAAGUUUAAGUCUCUCCGUGCACUAACAAUACUGACCCAAAUAGAUUUUGGCAACCAAAUUGCCAAACCUAAAGUUAGGUUUAUAAGUUCUUUAACAAGACACAAAGUGUGACCAUAAUGUUUAGAAUGGUUAACUAUGUUGUAAAUCCUAACGAUCCCAAAAAUCCAAUUAAGAGCUAUAUCGAUGAUACUCUUUUCUUUCCUGUUUAGGCAGGCACUGCUUACUAAACAGCUAAUAUUUAUUUGACUGAAAACACUUUAAAAACGGAUUAGAGUAUAAUGCCAUUUUAAAAUAUUGAAACUAAUUAAUUAUUGGUUUACAAUGGAGGAAAUUUUCGUCUUUAAUAUGUUAUUGGCAAUACAAAUCAAAUUGUUGCAGAUUUUUAUUUCCUCAAAGAUCCUAUUUCAUAUACACAUAAUAGAUAAUUCACGAAAGUAAGCUAAAUAGCAUCGUAUAUUGGGGGUUUUUGCUAGACGUUUAUUUUGGUUGCUGCUAUUGUAGUGCAUCAGUAUAACAGCUAUGUGUGUGCUAUUAAAAUUGCUAAUUAAUUAUAUGAUUUUGAUUUAGGGGGUUAAUAUUAUUAUAAACCUCGAGAUAAAUAGAUUAGUUUUUAGAGGGAUAAUUUUAAAGCAAUUGAUUUAGAAAAAUCCCAUUUACCCUAAAAUACUGUUCGAUUCCCUAAUUAAACUAUUUAGAAAGAAAAUGACUAAGAAUUGAAUGAUAUACAAGUGCUAAGAUAAGAAUCAACAUAACCUUAAAGAUUGAUCUCUCAUAAAAAGUAACUCUCCAUUUUGAGUAAGCCUAAAACGAGAGAAGAAGGAGGACUGCUCUCUUUAGAUUAAAUUUAAAAGAUUGUAGAAGGAAAUAGUGUAAAUAUUAACAAAAAUCUUAUUCUAAAUUAAAAUAUAAGCCAAAACACGCAAGAGUCUUAAUAGUUAAUAAUUACAUAAAACAAACAAGCUGGAACGCUCUUAACAUAGCUUGAAUAAAAGUAAGAGUCACAAAAAAAUUUAGAUUAAAUUUCCAUACCUUAAGAUAUUAUGUAAUAAGAAGAUAAACAAUAGAUCAUUUCAGAAAAGAUAAAUUAAUCUAAGAAAUAGCAAAUUGAUUAUAAAAAAAAAAUAGAGUAAAUUAGUGUAAUUGAUGAUUCUGUUUAACCAGAAACUCCAAUAUAAAAUUAAUAAAUACAAUUUAGUUCGAGUCAUAAUAAUUAGUAAGCUGAAUCAACUCUCUAAGUAAAACUAGAUGUAAAUUUUGAUGAUUAUGCUAAAAGACUAAAUAACUCGAUGAUUUAGCUUGAUUUUACUAAAACAACUACUACUCUUCCAUUAAAAUAAAAAGAAAGUUAAUAUUCUAAAUAAAUUGCAUAGAGCUCCACCAAUAUUGUUUAAAAUGACAAAAAACAGUUAACUCAAUCAAAAUUUAAUAAUUCUGUUAAAUAGAUGAGCUAAAGUAAAACAACAACAACAAUUGUAGAUUUUAAAAAUUAACAAGAGUUUCUUGAUGAAAAAUAAUUCCUAAAAUAAGAGUUCGAAUUCCUAGCUACAAGAGAUAAAAGUAUUAAGCUUUCAGUAAAGUAUUUUAUAUAUAAACUAUCUUGUGGAAAGUUCUUCAAAACUAAAGAAACCUAAUUAAUUGACAAAGCUUAAUAUCAAAUGUCUUAGGAUUUGGAUAUAUUUAUGAUUUUAAAUGGAAUAAAAGAAGUCCAAAAGCUGAAAGGAUUACUUUUAACAUAAGAAGAAUAGAUAUUAUUUAAUUUCUUCCCUAAGCCAGUGAUAAGUAUAAAUGAAAAAGAAGAAUUACCUUCAAGAAUAUAGCUUGAGCAAAAAAAGAGGUAAAUUAGUCAAUCAAUCUAAGUGGAAUCUAAAAAAGAAAAUGAGUAACUUCAAAAUCACUCUAAAAAGCUUAAAUUGAAUUUAAAAAUUGCAUCUAUUGUUAAAAAAGCUACUACAAAAUUUAAAUAACCUCUACUAAAUAAGAAAUAAAAAAAUUAAAAAUACGAUGUUGAUGCUUAUCAAAAGCUAUAUCAAGCUUACAAAGCUAUCUCAAAAAAUAAAAAAAGAGAAAUGGAUGACAAGCUUAUUUAACAAUUAGGAGAUGAAAUCAACAAAAUAUUCUAAAUUUCAAACCAAAUUGAAAAAAAUAAAGAAAGAUAUUUGUCCAAGAUUCAAAAUUCUAAAAAAUAACUGAUAAAUACUGAGAACUAAAAUUUAUUGAGCCCUGCCAAAAAAUAAGGAGUAGAUGGAUAAAAUUGUUUGAAUAUAUAGUAAUUAAAUAGUUAGUCAGAAAAUAAAUCUAAUGUUAACAGUUUUAAUGGGUACUUAGAAUCAAAUAGACCUUUUAGAUAGAAAUUAUUUGAGAAAGCAAAUUAAAAGCAGUAAAACAUAAAAAAUCCACAAGCAGAAGAAAAUAAUGAUCAUGCUUUGAUAGUAUUUGAUGAUCCUUCAUAAGACUAGUAAACAAUUAACAACAGCCACAAUAGGCAUUUUUCAUAAAAUUGA